CUAAUGGUCUGUGACCUCUGGUAUUGAGGAGCUAACAACUAUGUGAUUGCCUCAUAUUCCAUCAUCUCAUUUGUGCGGCGCCCUUCCUCGUUUGCCCCCCAAAACUUCCAGGGGAAUCCAAUGGUCUCCUUGUCACCAGAUUCCAUUAUCCGGUACGCAGAUGCUCCAGUGAGGGGCACUGAUGACCCCGUUCGGUUAUUGUGCUCCGUCCCUGCUGGCUUCCCACCUUUGUAACCGCGUCCCCACUGCUGCUUGUGUGUCUGGAUCCACCUUAUGCCGCAAUGGUGAUUGCCUUUGAAUGGUAUGGCUGUCUUCUUCUGCUGACAGGGAUGGCCGGAUCCGUCAGCCAGCGUACGGAUCCACUGACGCCCCCUGCUCCCGAAAAUGCCCACUCUAUACGACUGGACGGUGAUAUCAUCCUGGGAGGUCUCUUCCCGGUGCAUUCUAGGGGUGAACGUGGCGCCCCUUGCGGGGAACUGAAGAAGGAGAAGGGUAUUCAUCGGUUAGAGGCCAUGCUCUUCGCCAUCGACCUCAUCAACAAAGACCCCGACCUGCUGCCCAACGUGACCCUGGGGGCGCGUAUAUUAGACACCUGCUCGCGCGACACCUACGCCCUGGAACAGUCGCUUACCUUUGUGCAGGCGCUCAUCGAGCGUGAUUCUACUGAUGUGCGAUGCGCUAGUGGCGAGCAGCCCAUCUUUGCAAAGCCGGACAAGAUUAUUGGCGUGAUAGGCGCGGCUGCAAGCUCCGUCUCCAUCAUGGUGGCCAACAUCCUACGCCUGUUUAAGCUGAGGCGAACAGUGAUCAAGAGUCAUGACAGACAUCCUCCUUUACUUAAAAGGAAAUGAACAGUCCUGCAUACUUCAUACUCAAGUAAUAUGCACAAGGAGGAACUAAUAUGAUACCAGUGGAAGAGAUGUUUGUCGCAUUAAACUAU